AUGAUCACCCACAUGCAGCUCGCCAUCUUUGCCAACAUGCUGGGCAUGUCACUCUUCUUGCUUGUGUUCCUCUGUCACUAUGUGGCCGUCAACAACCUCAAGAAGCAGGAAUGA